AUGAAAUUCUUCUACCAGGUCAUCUCGACCCCAACGGCCGAUACCCCUGGCACGUCCGUUUGCCUCAACUUCCCGGACAAGCGAUACUUUUUUGGACAGCUAUCGGAAGGUACACAGCGCGCAUGCACAGAGCGCGGGGUUAAGCUCUCUCUCCUCACCGAUGUGUUUGUCACUGGACGGACGGAAUGGGCCAACACUGGCGGGUUGAUUGGGAUUGUUUUGACCCUGGCUGAUACGGUGUCAACCUCUAUGGCAGCUAUCGAGGAAGAAAACCAGAAGAAAGCUGCCCGCAAGGCGCAAAGGGAGGCCGAAGAAGGCAAAAAAUCCAAACCCCGUGAACCUAAGGAACAGGAAGGCGAGGGGGUCUCGCAGAGAGGUAACCUGACGAUUCAUGGUCCUGCGAACCUUACACAUACACUGGCUACGUCUCGGCGGUUUGUUUUCCGGAAGGGCAUGCCGGUGUAUUUGAAUGAAUAUGACUCGGAGACACUGGCCAAGCAAAUUUCUAUCGGCGCCGAUGAUCCCUUUGAGAAGCCCUCAUGGUCAGACUCUAACAUCAAAGUCUGGGCCUUGCCCCUUAGCCCUAGCCCAUCAGCUCGUCCUCAAGUUACGCAGCCGCGGUCAAAGAGUCCACGAAAGCGGAGCUUGGAUGAAUUCCGGGAAUCUGAACAGCCUGAAGAUCAUAUGAGCCAGCGUACUAAGAACCUGCUCGUGACGCAGUCCAUUGUGCAGGAUAUGUUUAACUCAACUUGGAAGAUGGACGCCCUCCAUGAAACCCCAUUGGCCCAAGUCAAGAUGCCGGCUGCUAUAUUCAUCCGCAACCCGGAAACCAAGGACCUGGAGCAAUACAAGGGUCCGGUGCCGGGCGGCCCAGAUGCGCUUCCAGAUAUCAAGGUGCUUGUUAGAAAGCCCUGGCCCGGUGCGACCGUCGAGAGUCUCCCGACCACUUCUCCCUCGAAGGAGGCAGUCUGCUAUAUCGUGCGGAACCACGAUAUCCGUGGAAAGUUCGACCCAAAAAAGGCCCAAGAAUUGAACGUCGAGAAGGGCGUUAAGUACGCAAAUUUGACGAAGGGCCAGAGCGUUGAGUCUCUGGAUGGGAAGACUAUUACCCCGGAAAUGGUUUUGGGACCGACCCGAGCUGGAAAAGGCACUGCUAUUAUGGAAGUGCCAUCCUCCGAGUACGUCGAGGACCUGGUCACUCGGGCCGAAUGGAAGUCACCAGCUGUAACGACCGAGUUGCAAGCGUUCAUCUGGAUUCUUGGACCAGGUGUGGCCGAGCAUCCUAAAUUCCAGGAAUUCGUUGCUAGCAUGUCCCACUGCAAGCACACUGUGUCGAGCCCAGACCACUGCCCGAACUACCUGGCGUUCACCAGUUCUGCUAGCUCAACUGUUCGACUUGCCCGUCUGAAAGCCGAUAGCUAUGCGAUUCCUGUUCACGACAAUGUGUCCCUUCCCCAACCCGGCACCCCCAACGCCAAUUCGGAAUCUGCGAUUGCUGCUCGCCAGAAUUCUCCACUGCAGCCCCUUGAACCCGGAUUCAUCAUCAACAUGGAGCCCAAUUUCGGGUUCAACAGUGACGAAGUGAUGUCCCGCUUCAACCCAUCCAGCGUAUUGAAUAACAUCCCGCGUUCUGUCCAGCACCGGAUGGAAGUCAUUCGCCGCCGCGUCGCUAAGCCUGAAUUCCAGAAAAAGUUGCACGAGCAACGGACACAAUGGCCCGGAGCGGAUGCAGAGAUCAUCGCGCUGGGUACUGGUUCUUCUGUUCCCUCCAAAUACCGCAAUGUCUCUGCCACACUGCUGAAGGUGCCUGGAUAUGGCUACUACUUGCUUGAUUGUGGCGAGAAUACCCUUGGUCAACUGAAGCGAGUUUUCGAGCCCGAAGAACUUCGUGAAGUGCUUCAGAACCUGCGAAUGAUCUGGAUCAGUCAUUUGCACGCUGAUCACCACCUAGGCACGGUCUCUGUGAUCAAGGCCUGGCACAAGGAGAAUUUCCAGAAUGGAUCCGGCUCUGCUGCUAGACCUGAAACCAAUAUGGCCAAGAUCCUCCAGGAGAAGCGCCUGGCUAUUGUGUCUGAUGAUGCGAUGAUUUCCUGGUUGGAAGAAUAUUCACAGGUCGAGGACUUCGGAUUUGACAAACUGCUUACUCUUUCCGCUCAUCCUGAAUCUGCCACUGGUCUUGCAGACCUACUCACUUGCCGCGUCAAACACUGCAAGGGUGCACUCGCCGUAUCCCUUGUCUUCUCAAAUGGAUUUAAGGUUUCCUACUCUGGGGACUGUAGGCCAUCAGACAAAUUUGCCGUCAUUGGACAGGAUUCGACUGUGCUCAUCCACGAGGCCACCUUCCAACCCGACAUGGUCGGGUCGGCUAGGGCCAAGCGGCACUCGACCUCAUCCGAGGCGAUUGAGGUCGGCCGUCGCAUGCAAGCGCGCGCUGUCCUGCUCACUCAUUUCAGUCAGCGCUACCAGAAGGUAGCCUUUGUAGACAAGCGAAACCCACGCAAAUUCGAAUUCAACCGGGACGCAGCUGCAAAGGAGCCUGCAGAUGCGGAUAUUCCAUUCGACGACCCUCAAGACGAACCAGCGGGCUCCAACGACGUCUUACUGUCCGACGACAUCAACACGGUGACAUCUCGACAAAGGCUCGGCGUUUAUACCGGCCCUGUCGCCGGAGCGAUGGACUACAUGCGUAUCAAGGUCGGGGACUUCGCCCUUGCGCAAGCAUACGCACCAGCAUUGGAGAAGCUCAUCGAGCUAUUGGAGCGAGCGGCGAAUGAGGAAACCGAGCGCGUGAAACAGACGCGUCAGCAAGAGGAGAAUGCUCGCAAGGCGAAGAAUAAUAAGAAGUGGGCCAAGCAAAUGGCUACUGCUACGGCCGCGGCAGUUGCAGCCGCAGCAACUGAGACUAGCGAUGCCCAGACGGCGCCCGCUCGAUCUAUCUGGAGUGCCAGUGAAAGUGAGGAGGGAUGGGAGACGAGUGACUACGAGGAGUGUUCCUAA